UUUAACGUUAUAGGGAAGACAUGUAGUGUGGAAAGUUAUCGUGGAAAAUACAGUUUUGUGUUUGUUACUUGCAUUCAAUUUUUCUUACGUUUGGGAUUUUUAUCAAUUUAUUUAUGUUUACUUAUAAACAAUGGAACAGCGACGGGGUUACGGUUUUUAUACAAAGAGAUCUCAGCAUUACGAUAAUCAACAGCAACAACAACUGAAGCAAUUAUUGAAAGAGAAUAAUCCUGCGGCCAUAAAGGCCGAGAAAGUUAAUAAUAACGAAGAGGAGCAUCAGGAUAAUCAAGAGCCGGAAUCGACCCAAACCGAGAGCUCGAAUUCGAAUAAUAAUAAUCAGCAAGGGAGUAGAUCCUUGCAGUGCCUUGAGACGUUGGCGCAAAAAGCCGGAAUUCACGAUAUUACAGCGGAUGAUUGCAAAUAUGACAUCGCAAAUACGCUACUCAAUCUAGACAGAGGGCAGGAUAAUUUAAUCAAGACGGAGUAUAUCAGCAACAAUAUGGCCGACAUCAAAAAUCAACAGCAGCAGCAGCAGCAACCACAACAGCAACAGCAGUUAUGUAUGUUGCAGAUGGUAGAUGCUAAUGCACAGGCGCAGGCUCAAGCCCAAGCCCAAGCGCAGGUACAGGCCCAAACUCAAGUGCAAGUUCAAGCGCAGGCCGUUCAACAGCAGGCCACAAUGCAGCAGGUCAAUUUGCAGCCUCAAGACCAACAGGCCCUCGUUCCUGCUCAAAGUCCGCAUUUGCAGCAGGUUGCCGUUGCAUCUUCAGGCCCUUCACGUUACACUACAACAAAAGAUAUUUUAUAUUAUACAGGUGCACAAUGUGUGCAAGCGCAACCUCAACAUUCAGUUCAUCAACAAGUUGGACAAGGCGGACAAGUUCUUCAAACUCAAGGUGGACAAGUACUGGCACCAACACAGUCAGGAAACACAACCAUUACUACAAUGUCUCCCUUACAACAAGGCCAACCCCAUCCACAACAAAUAAGUACGGCCGAUUGGGGACACGGACGAGCUGUGCAAGUAAUACAGCAACCACUACAAAAUCCUACAUACUUACAACAAUUAUAUAACACAUCCGGUCAGUUACUAAUGCCUGGGAAUAUUGCGCUUCAUCCUAGCAUCAACCCACAGCAAAUUCAGGUGAUCACCAAACCUUUUCAAGGAAAUCAACUGGCCCCUCACAUGUUGACAACUGCACAAGGGAAGCAAGUACUACAAGCAGGUCAAGCCACUUCAUUUCCCGGAUAUACGACAAUACCUACAAUUCCGACAACCCAAAAUCAGCAGACGCUGGUUUUCAGUCAACUAGGCGUCAUAAGUUCGCAACCGAAUAUACUGCCAACCCAUUCGGCGUCUGGUGCCACGACUAUACCACAACAAAAACCGCCUGAAAUACAUAAGGUAAUGGGUGCUCAGAAGGUGAUGCAAAAGGUCACGGGUAGUAAUGCAUCUGUGUCUGGAACUCCUCAACAGCAAGGGCAGUGUGUGCAAGUUUCUCAAGCGAUGAUAGGUUCGCAACCGACUGCGCAGAUAAUUAGUCCACUACAGCCUGGAGGACAACCAAUGCAGUUUGCCACCCCGUGGCAGUUCACCAAUGGCAUUCCACAAGUUUGGACCACUAACGGUUUACAAUCACAGGCGUUACUCGCACCCAACCCUAUUCUGAUCAGAGGAAUGCAACCAGAUGGCACUCCUGGACCCGGUAUGUUUAUUCACCAAAGUCCACAAGCCACUGCUAUCCAAACUCAACAAAAUCCUGCUAUAGCCAACCAAGGGGCGAUGCAACAGAUUGGAAAACCGAGACCGGCCAAUGAAAAUAUACAACCCAAACAGCAAACGACUCGGCCGCUGAAUAUACUACCAUCGAACACCGCCAAUAUUCGACCGGCUAACUCGAUUUCGACUCAAUCCAUUGGAACUCAAGCACAAGUACAUAUACUUGCGGGCAUGGGAGCCAAAACGGGAACGAAGGUUCGGGCGAAAGCGCCUGGUAUCCGAACGUCGCCUGCACCUAAAGCUGAUGCCGCCAAUCAAACUCAGAUUAAGCCGUACACAACCUUGCAGCCACAUCACCUGGUUGCUACGAAUAAAAUUAACGUAACGGCACCAAUGACAAUUGACAAGAAUCAGCAAAUGGUAAAUCAGAACAAACCACAACCUCAGCAGCAGCAAGUCCAGCCCCAGCAAACUGUUUUGAUGCAGCAACAAGCAUUGCAGCAACAGCAAGCCUUGCAACAGAUUCAAUUUCAACACACUCAACAGCCCCAGCACAUUCAACCGAAACCAGUUAUGACAAUGCAGACAAUCCAAAGCCUGCAGCAACAACAGAUUCAAGGCAGCGGCGAGCGCCAGAUAAUGCCGGUCGUGUCGAUGUCCGUUCAAGGCACCCAGCAAAUGCAGCAAACGUUACAGCAAACAAUUCCCGGUACCGUUCCUCAAGGCAUCCCCCUGCAACCGAAUUUGGCCGUCACGCAACAACCCAUGUCGAUGGGCAUGCAACAAAUCCAUCCGUUAACGCAAAUUGCUCCGAACGGUACAAUCAUUGGCCAACUACAGACGGCACCGGGCACCCCUACGACGAUUUCGCAGGUAACGCAACUGCAACAAAUACAGCAGGGUACGCCACAGACGCUUACCCUGUCUGUACCUCAACAAGUCCCGCUACCGCCUACAAUUACGACUAUUAAGGAGGAAAUUAACCUAAACGGAAGUAUCGCUGAGACCACAACUACGACGGCAACGUCCACUCAGAGUGAAGAAGAUAUUAUGAAGGAAGGAAUGGAAGCACAAGUAGGGAUGAAAGACACAGAAAUGGAAGACAUAAAACCCCUUAGCAACGGAAACGAUCCCUCACUUAUACCGUCUUCUACUGCCACCCCGCUAACUCCACUACCAGGCACUGUACCGACACAACCAGCAAGUAUUUUACCUGAAAAUGGUUUGCCUGUUGCUGCAACUGCUGAAGAGAUCAAAGAAAAGGGUCCUCCGAAGGCGAUGGUCAAACCGCAGGUUUUAACGCACGUGAUUGAGGACUUUGUAAUACAGGAAUCUUCCGAACCAUUUCCGGUUGCAAGAAGUAGCUUGCUCAGCGAUUUGAAACCGACCCAAUCUUCUACUGACAAAGUCGAUGAAACAAGUCGAAAACGUCGCGCGACCUCCCCUCUUAGUAAUGUGAUUGGUACUUCGCCAAAAGGAGAACUGGCUAAAUGUGACGGAUGCGGUAUUGUUGAUCUUAGGGCCAAGUUUAAGAAGAAUAAACGGUUUUGCAGUAUCAACUGUUCCAAAACUCAAAAAGGAAAAGGAGACGAGAAGCGCGGCAAAUGGAAAGACGUUGACGGCGAUCUUGUCGGAUCUGGCGCCGAAAGUAGCCUCAGCUCGAGCGAUCCCACUUCUGGUACCGAAGCAGCCGACGAUAAAGUGAAUCCCCUAAAAUGGAGUGUUCAAGAAGUAUGCGACUUUAUUCGAAAUUUACCUGGCUGCUCUGAUUACGCGGAGGAUUUCCUAAUACAGGAGAUCGAUGGACAAGCAUUGAUGCUUCUCAAAGAAGACCAUCUGAUGACCGCAAUGGCAAUGAAACUUGGCCCUGCCUUGAAAAUAGUCGCAAAAAUUGACGAUAUGCGAAUAGACAAGGAGCAACCAAAACAGUAAUCGCGAUUGAUACUUA